CCCCAUCGUGUUGUCUCUUCCAACUCUACUGACCGGUUUCUUCGUUAUCCGCACUCUUUCCCGUCGCUCACUAUAGCUUGACCUAAACUUCACAGUCGCUCCCAAUGCACAGCCCACUGCCGGACGCGAGCGCGCUGGAAGCCGGUAUAAUCGAGGACGAGCGACCAUCGCGCCUUUCUCGCGUUCAGGACAACGUGCGGCAGCUCUUACGAGCCUCUGUCGUCAGCCCAGUCCGGAGUUCAUUCGCUGGACGCCACGUAUCACAUCAGCCAACUGUUGAAGAGGACCCGCAGCACGAAGACAUAGAAGGUGCCGCGCUGGCCGCAGAGACAGUCCUCACGCCACCUCCGGAAUCCUCAGGCGAAGACGAGAACGAGCAAUGUCACGGCGUACUUUUCCCGCCUCUGUCUUACACAGCCCAUCAGUCCACACUUUACAACACACGAGCCGUCGCAGCUCUCAACCAUCCGGACUUGAGCGACCCGUCACUCGCUGUGCUUCUCCAUCAGAAGACUGCGGAACGGCAACAGCGGGCUUGGAAGCGGUCGCGGAACCGGAAGCUCAGAUAUGCAAAUGGAGAGCAGUCUUCGGCAUCGCUGUGGAUCUUGUGCUUAGCCGCUGGACUGUUGCUUGCAGGCAUAGUAGCGACGUACCUCGCCAUCGCCACCUCAUCGACCGGUCUUUCAACGACCUUUCACGUCCUGUUCGUCUUAGGCAUACUGGCGGCAACCGUCAUCUUCGCACACACCAUCGUGCGGCUAUGCUUCUUCGUACCCACACUGCCACCUUCACCGAGAGUCUAUGUGGUUUCCCAACAGCAAACGAAACCCGGUCGGCACUUUGUACGACAUAGGCGCCGUCGACACCACCAUCACCACCAUCAACCUCACCGUCAUCACCAACCCAUGCCCCAACCAUCAGAGACCGUCGACUUCAUACCACCCACGCCAAUUCCCGUCCACGUCGCCGACGAUGCCAGCGUUCGUCCAGACUCACGCGAGGCACACCCCACCUCCGGCGUCGCCCGCGCAUCCCAAGCAUGGGACAAAGAAGCCCCCAUUCUCGCAAACCCACCACCAGCAUACGGCCGAUGGCGCGGCAGCGUCCGAGCCAACCCGGAUUUACUGCAUUGGCAAGCCGUGCCUUCGCCAGUAGACCCCGAUACGCCGGCUUUGCCCUCUCCCACAUACGAGGAGGCGAUGAAUGUGGAGCACUCGACCGGUCCGCCCAGUUAUGUCACGCGAGAUAGUCCGGCGAGACGGCGAGAGAUGCAGGAAGCCCGACCGCAGAUCGCGCGGGCGCAGACGGCGGAAAGGGUCGGCAGGCCGGAAAUGGUUGAGGCGAAAGGUGCAGGUGCAGGCGGAGGGAAUGUGUAG